GCGCGCGCGCACCUGCCUCCAGGAUCCCCGGGCUUAGCUUGGUUUGCCUAAGCACGCGCGGGCGCGCGCGCUGUGUGUUUGCAAAAUAAAAAAAAUAAAUAAGUACAGUAAGUAAAAGCGGGCGGCGGGAGCGCGCGGCGCGUGCACACACCUCCUAGCGCGGCAAAAAAAAAAAAAAAAAAGAGCAGAGCGGAGGCGAAUAUGAUGAUGAUGGGGAUAGGAGCAAGGAGAUACUGCUGCUGCUGCUGGACCUACUGCUCCUACUGCUACUGCUUCUUCUUCCGCCGUUUCUGCUGCAGCAAUCUCCUUCCCGCAGCGGCUGUGGCAAUCCGGUUCAGGAUCAGGUGAAUGACUGCCCGCAAUUCCUCAGGCAAGUCUGAGGACUAUGCCCAAACCUCCCUGGCCCUCACUUCAGCCAUGGAGAGUCCCAUGUUUGACACCAUCCUGGAGACGACGGACGGGGUAACUCCAGACCCCAGCUGGACCCUGCCCUAUCCAUUGGGCUUCCAGGUCUCACUGACAGGCUUCCUGAUGUUGGAGGUUGUGUUGGGAGUGAGCAGCAACCUGACUGUACUAGUGCUGUAUUGCCUCCAGGCUGGCCUCGUCGACUCUGUCAGCAACAUGGUGACUAUGAACUUGCACGUGUUGGACGUGCUCAUCUGUGUGGUCUGUGCACCACUCACCAUGGUGGUGGUCUUGGUGCCACCAGACCGUGCCACCACCCUACUCUGCUGCUUCCAUGAAGCUUGCAUCACCUUCAGCAGCGUAGCCACGGCCACUAAUGUGUUGGUGAUCAGCCUGGACCGUUAUGACAUCUCUGUGCGCCCGGCCCAGCGUGUGCUGACCCCAGCCCGUGCCAUCUUACUCCUGGCCGGUGUCUGGGUCCUGUCCCUGGCUGUUUUCUUCAUACCCUUUCUCGAGGGCGAAUUUGGCCAUGCCAGCACUUGGCAGAACCGCACGGUGCUCUGCGUGGGCCCAGAGGAAUUCCACGCCGAGCUAGGCACCUCUUAUCACCUGGCUAUCCAAAUCCCUACUUUCUUUGCCGCUGUGGCUGUCAUGCUGGUCACUUACGCGAAGAUCUUACAGGCUCUCAACAUCAGCAUCGGCAGUACCUUCAAGCGCAGCCAGCGCCGCAAGACCAAGAAGAGGAAGCGGCGGAAAUCAGCCGAGCCUGGCACCAUCAUGGUGAGCAGUGGAGCGGAAGCCAAGCGGCGGUCCCAACCCAUACCCGCGCUCCCCGCCCCACCCCCCAUGGGAGUACAAGCCUCCGUCUCUGUCAUCAUUGCGCUGCGGCGGGCGGUCAAGCGCCACCGGGACCGGAGGGAGCGCCAGCGGCGGGUUUUCCGCAUGUCCCUGCUCAUCAUCUCCACCUUCCUGUUGUGCUGGGCACCCUUGUCCAUCGCCAAUCUGCUCAUCCUGUGCCUCGGGCCCAGCCCCUUGCUGGGCAAGCUACGUAUCUGCUUCCUAGCCAUGGCCUAUGGCACCACCAUCUUCCACCCGCUCCUCUAUGCCUUCACCCGCCAGAAGUUGCGCAAUGUCCUCCGCAGCAAGCUGAAGAAGCGGGUGGUGUCGGCGUUGCAGGUGGACCCUGCGCCAGGCGGCACAGUCAUCCACAACUCCUGGGUGGAGCCGCCACGCAAAACCUGCAAAGGCAGGCCACGGGGUAGCGAUGGGGCUGAGCAUUGUCUCACCGAGGCCACUAAGGAGUGAGGUGUCAAUGCUUAGUCUUCAGAAAUGGCUACCAGGAGAGCUUGGGUGGGUGUACUAUGAGACCACUGCCUCACCCAGGCUGGUGAGCAGUGGGUGCCAAACACUGAAUGCCCCCCAACCCAUCAUUGAAGGAAGGCACGGUGCCCUCCUCUUGAGGUCACCAGAAACUACACAAAAUGGUGCUAGCUCCUCAGAUUGAUGCCACUAAAGGGAGAAGUCAGGGAGGGAGGGUUAAGUAAGGUCAUGUCAGAUGAGAGGGGCAGCCACCAACACCUCACUGAAACCUCAACUGUUCCCCUUGUACAUGGGACGGCAAUAUUGACCCAUCACUAUAGUCUCUCCCCAUGCCCAUUGGGGAAACAGUCUAACGUUCUGAUGAAGAAUUAGGCCUUCGUGGUAUUGACCAAUUCACCACAACACAUGAGUCCCUUGAGUAUUACCACUAUUACUAAUGUUACUACGCCAUAUUUAUAUAGUGCCAAGAGUUACACUAGAGAUCCCACUCGGGUACAUUCCCUCCAUGUAUGGCUGCAGUCCAUAUAAUACUCCACAAGUGAGUUGACACAGAGGCACACUCACAGAGGCCUAAUAAAUCCACACACAAGCUGCCUCUAUUGCUGGUUAAAUACAAGAGGGAUAAAUUACUCUGGUUACUGAGGGAAGCAGAAGGCGGCCUUGGAAGGGCCAUUUGUGUGUGGUAGGAUGGAGUUAUGAAUAGUUAGAAUCAGCUUGGACCUCACACUGCUCUCAGCUCCGUUGCCAUGCCAUGCUUUUAUCUUCAGAGCCCCUUUAGAAUAGGCAAACUGUGUACUGUUUUAGGUCCAGUGUGUUGGGCUCUCGGCCAUCUCCCAACCUUGCAAAAAGUAGGACGGGUUCUUAGAAUUUACGUCUUCCCUAGACAGAUAGGCAUUACCCUCAAAUGGCUUAUAGUAGGCUCUGCUCCUCAAUCCAUCUUCCAUAUUCAUACGAGUUUCUCCCAACAAAAGAAACUGACGUGGCAGACACUAUUCUGUCUCUUCCGUCAUCAAUGCAGGGAACCACCUUUUGUCUUGUUUUGAAGGUUCACUACAGUACCAGAUGUCCUCAGCUGCAGGAAAGAAGGAUGGAGAGGGAAAUGGGCCACUCUAAGGAGACUCCUAAACAGAGCCCCAUCUUUCCAAGGGUAGACAUGUCCAGGGGAGACUCCGAGGCAACCCUUUCAUUUUGGAGAACAAGAGAGGUGAUAUGGAAUAGAGGUUCUGGAGUGUGAGUUGGCCCUCCAGUUGGGUGGACCUUUCCUGGUUCUUUAUGCUCAGACCAAGGAAACUGGGCUGUGUCCAGUUACCCAAACUCCAGCAGGAUGGAGGGGCACCCAAGGUCCAGAGGGUCAUGAGACCAUUUUGCAAGGAUUUCCAGAGAGGCCAGCUAAUAUAAAAUUUAUUCCUUUAUAUAUUUAUAUCGCACCGUCACUGUACAUGGCACUUUAAAAGCAGAAGAACAAGCAAACAAUCUCUGGCCAUCAGGGGUACGAUCUAAUUUUGCAUUUCACUCCCCCCCCCCCUCCACCAGUGUUGCCAACUAUAUCUUAGAAGCAAGUAGUUACUUGUAGUUGCACGUUGCAAUUACAGUGUGGUGCAAUCAUGCUUCAUUUGUUGAAAACUACAAGUAACUUGUUAUUUGUCCGUAGCAGUUGCUUUCAGACUCUGGGUGUCAAUCGCUGGAGGGAUUGUCCUAAUGAGUAAAUGGUAGUUCAUUGCAAUUUCCUUGCUCUGAGCUCACUAAAACCUAUCUUUGGAACAGUGCUCGACAUGGAUCCAUAUCCAAGGUUUCACCUACCCAUGUCCAGGGACAAAUGAUCUCUUUGGGAAUUUGCUAGGUCUUCCUGACAAUUUUAUAGUAUAUUUCCUCUGUAGGUUUCUGUAGAGUUGUAUUGGAGGGCCAAGCAAAAGGGAUUUCUAGUUCCUCCAACACAACUCUGUGCAUGUUGGGUUCAAAGUUGAGAUAAAUCAAUAGUAUUCAGUCAUAUUCUUGGUUUCGUGUAACUGCAGUCUGGCCAGGAACGUAUUCCCCAAAGAUAAAGGAAUUCUUACUGUAAACAUAGAGAUACAUAGACAUCCAUCCAAAAUAGGUCUUUUAUCUACCCACUCAUCCCAAAUGUGCAUCAUUUAUCCACACUGAACACCAACAUUGGUGUUUUUACAAAACUAUAUAUCAGAUAUAAAGCUGAAGUAAAGGAAUAUUUAUUUAUCACAAGUAUUUAUAAGAUGUCUCACAAAGUAAAUGAUGCAAGCUAUAAUUUGACCUAUCUGAUAAGUGUAACUCAAAGAGAAAAAUUGCUGCUAUUAGCUUUUGAAGGAAUGACUCCUGUGAAGGAUCUUCAAGGUUUUCUUGAAUGAUUGCUGCUAAAUGGGCCAAGUAUAAAUAAAUUUAGUAGCAACUUCCAUCCGUGCUGGGGGCAGCACCAAAAAAGCCUCAUUUCUGGUGCUCACCAGUUUAGCCAAUUUUAUUGGUGGGCUUGCAAACCGAGCUUCCAAAUUCAUGUGGACAAAAUCUUAUUAGCAUAACCUGAUCUAUGCUCUUAACAGUUAACCAUCGAACAACUGGAACAAAAGCCUUGUUACAUGUUCUCUGGCUCCUGUCAAAAAACUGUGUGCCUGGAUUGUGCACCAACUGAAGCUACCAAACUGUCUUCAAAGGCAGCCCUGUGUAAAGCACAUGACAGUAGCCCAACUUGGAGGCAGCUGGUGCAGUCUACAAAAAGUGCCUGGAUUCCUGCUGCCAAGAGUUUGUAGGAGACCCAUCGCAGGAUGGUCUCCUCUGUGUGUAGCUUGUGCUUCUAGCCAUAGGUAUAAUAUAAUAUUCUACCAAUUGUAAUACGGCCAAGGUUGAGAGCGGUAAAGAGUUAAGUGUGAAAUAUGUUGGAAACAGAAGGGAUCCCAAAGGAAAGAGCACAUGAGUAAACUGCUGUCUCUCCAGAUAAAAGUCAGAAUUCACAGAUUUUACCUGGCAGAGCAUGAUAGGUCUUGGGUGAUAAUAGGUUGGUUUAAUAAUUUCCCAGGGGUGACUAUACUGGAAGGUAGGAGCAGAAACAAUUAUCAGACACCUCACAUCCCAUAUUUUCCUAUGAUGCCCCACUGAUUUGUCAAGGUUCACAUAUCCUCCAAGGGCAUUUUAUGACGGCUAUCCCUGGUAGACACACUAUAAAGCCCUUCCCUUGUACCAAACCCUUGCAUUUGAAUGGGAGCAAGGCUGUUUUCGUUUAUUCUGGGUAAGGAUUGAGCUUGAUGUUUUGCCUUUCUAAUCUUCGCUGGGGGAAAAAAAUUGUUAUCGGCUUGAAAUGCUGCUCAUGAGACAGUUAAGGGAGGAGGGGAAAUCCAUAAAUAAAUUAAGAGUAGCAGAAUGUGACAGCGGGCCAUGUUUCAGAAAGAAGGCAUGAUGGUUCAUUGCCAAAAACAAAACAAAACAAAAACACACCUCUGUUGCUGUGUUUUUAAUUAUGUGACAUCAGAGCUCAGGUAGAUGCUUGUCAAAAGAGGAGCUUACCUAAUAGUGAGAAGAGUGUUGUUUGCUCUUAAAAAAAAAUACAAAGUGGGAGACGAUUCCCCAUUUGGCACUUCUUAAUUAUAGAGUCUCUCCUCCUGAGAGUGGGAAGGCACCUGUCAGCUCUUUCACCGCAAGUGCAAAAAUAUGCCAGAGAGGGGACUAUGGCAAAAGAGUUAGUGGGGACGGGAGAGAAUGAGAUGGGUAGGGAAAUUAUUUUGGAAGUGAGGACCAACCACAGCAUUAAGACAGGGCUGCUUUCACGGAGGACCAGGUGCUGAUUCUGCUGUGCCCUGUCGGCAGCAAACCAUGUUCCAGGAGGAACUUGACUUGCUCAUUAUAAGUGAAUGAUGGCAGUCAAAUUGUGUGGAAGGAUGGUGAGGAUCUGCUGUCAAAAUACCAACCAUCUCCCACAAAGACGGGUGACAUGACAGCACAAUGGAUCUUUCUCUGAAUCAUUUUCACAUGGCACGAAGCCUUUCUGAAUGUGCUUCCCACCUGGGGAGAUCUCAGCUCUGCUUUCAGUGCAAUGCAAAGGUGCAGCGAAUCUCAGAUCUCACUCAGAGGUGGCUUUUUGGGGAGGAGGGAGGUUUAAAUGUUUAGUACAGGCAGUCCCUAAGUUACAAACAUCUGACUUAAUAAUGACUCCUAAUUAAGAACAGGGGUAAGACAACAGAAAGUGAGAGAAAUAUGCCCCUAGGAAAGGAAAUUCACUUCUGAAAGAGUUAUCAAGGGGAAAAGGUGCCUCUACUGAAGCUUUAUCACCAAUCCUUGUUUCCACAACAAGCCAAAUUUUUCAAAUCCAAUGAUCACAGAGACAGAAAGUGAGGUGAAAUCUUCUGAACAGAGACACAGACAUCACAAGGGUGUUGACCCUUCCCUAGGCUAUCUAAAGUGUGUGUGUACGUGCACGCACACACACACACAUAAAGGUUUUCCCCUGACAUUAAGCCUAGUUGUGUCCAACUAUGGGGGUUGGUGCUCAUUUCUAUUUCUAAGCCGAAGAGCCGGCAUUGUCCGUAGACACCUCCAAGAUCAUGUGGCCAGCAUGACUGCAUGGAUUACCUUCCUGCUAGAGUGGUACCUAUUAAUCUACUCACAUUUGUAUGUUUUCAAACUGCUGGUCUGGCAGAAGCUGGGGCUGACAGUGGGAGCUCACCCCACUCCCCAAAUUUGAAAUGCAGACCUUUCAGUCAGCAAGUUCAGCAGCUCAGUGGUUUAACCCACCACGCCAUCGGGAGCUCCUAAACACACACACAUACAUACAUAUAAAUAUAUAUAUAUGGCUGGCAUUACACUUUAAAAAUGUACCUUCUCCAACUUACAUACAAAUUCAACUUAACAGACCUCCAAAACCUAUCUCAUUCGUAACUUGGGGGCUGUCUGUAAUUACUUGGAGUUAUUAAAAAGUGUUUUUGAACUUGACAGCCUUGGGAGGAAGAAUAUUUCGUUCUAUGAGUGCAAGACCUAGUGAAACUGGAUGAAAAGGAUCAAAUGUUUACUAGAACAUGGAAACAAUUAUUAAUUAGGGUUGAUAUCGAAGAAAUGCGAUAAUCAUAAUCAUUAACUGUUGAUAGGAUUGCUUAUUAGUGUGGUGUUGUUAACAGUUCUACUGUAUACCUGCCCCACUUAAAAGCAAAACAUCCAAGGUGCUCACUGGCAUCCAGUCUUGACAGCAGUGUUUCAAGGUCUCAAGAGGAGGGUUUUCUAAAUUGCUUUUGAAAUGCUUUUGCUGAGGAUACUGAGCUGUGCGCACAAAACCACUAAGCACAUUUUGGGAAGCAAACACUGAUUGAUCAAUUACACUUGCAUCCCAUUCUUUGAGAAGUUUUGAAUCAUUAUCCAAAUAUAGCCUCUGGUAUUGAAAUAUGUUUAUCUACAUCCCAUUCCUUCAAGGCAGGGUCAGGGAUUUCAGUCUGUGGGACUUAAUUUGGACUUUUGAACCAUGAUGGACUGCCCCAUUUCCCAGAAUAGCACCAGGUUUUAUUGUUUUUAUGCUCUUAUAAAUCUUUUCUUCCAUUAUAAAAGGCUAAAAUGCUUCUCUGGAGGAUUCGGUUUCUAGCAGCAACAGCCUGAAAUGGAAAUAUCCUGGUAUUUUGGGAUGCAGUAUUGGCCUUCAACCUUGCCCAUAGUUAAGAAUAUGGACUCCUUCCAAAUUUCUCUGAAACUGAAUUAGGUUAACAGGCUGAAAUAAGUUCCUUACUAAUGCUAUAAAGCUUUGAGGAGUGCAUCUACACAGCAGAAUUAAUGCAGUUUGGCCGCAGGUUGACUGCCAUGGCUCAUUCCUAUGGGAUCCUGGGAGUUGUAGUUUUUUUACAUGUCAGGAGCAACUUAAGAAACUGCAAGUCGCUUCUGGAGUGAGAGAAUUGGCCGUCUGCAAGGACGUUGCCCAGUGGACACCUGGAUGUUUUUGAUGUUUUUUAAUCCUUGUGGGAGGCUUUUCUCAUGUCCCCGCACGGAGCUGGCAGAGGGAACUUAUCUGCGCUCUCCCUGGGUUGGAAUUGAACUGACAACCUUCAGGUCAGCAACCCAACCUUCAAGUCAGCAGUCUGCUGGCACAAGGGUUUAACCUAUUGGACCACUGGGGACUUUGUCUGGUGAGGCACCAGCACUCUUUGGAAGAAAAUGCCAAAGACCUUGGAACACUAUUGCCUCCAAUAAUUCCAUAGCAUUGAGCCAAGGCAGUUGAAGUGAGUGCCAUACUGCUUUAAUUCUACAAUAUAGGUUGCACCCCAAGAUACCUUAAGGUUCCCAGUUGUCUUCAAAAAAUUCUCAGUAUCAUCGACCUAUCUGGCAAAUGAUUUUUGCAUUGGCAGCUCAUAAGCCUGCUUUUGAUCCAUCUAGUCUUUUGCAGGAUGUCGCAGGUUCUGCAUUGCAGACUUGAGUGGCUGCUUUUAUAGCUGCCACUGUUCAGGCUGCCCUCCUGUUACCUGAUUUCAAAUGCAUGCAAUAUAUUUUUUCGCUUUCUGCCACACCUGAGCUGUGGUUCCCAAUCUUCCAAACCUGAUAUUUGUUGUUGUCCUUGAUGUGGCUGCAUAUUUAAACAAACGUGGCUUGGGAUUGUGGCUGCAGCCUCAUUUCACAAUGUCAGCAGAAGUUAAUUUAUGUAACAAAAGCAGAGGGAGGAGGGGAAAAAGACCAGAAGGUUUCGUGCCUUUUGGAGAAGGAGAGUACCUUAGAUCAACUUAUCAUUUCUUAGCUACGUUUCACCACUUAGUUUCCCUGCGCCGCGAUGAGCCUUAGCCUUGUCAAUUUUUCAUGAGCCUUGAUAGGAUGAUAGAGAUCAAGGGUAUGCGGUGCACAGUCAGUAUUAAAAAUUCCAGCUAUGUUUGAUCUUUUAAGAAUUGCUUGUGGCUAGUUUUAUUGCAGGUUUUCCAGCAGCAGUCCAUUCCCCUCGAUGAUGCUCAUCAAAGCAGCCAUCGAGUUUCCUGUAUUCUCCAUAGCAGCAUUUACCAUGCUGGCUGGGGAUGAUAGGAGUUGUAGUUCAACUCUAUCUGGAGACAUCCCAGGGUUGGGAUUCUCUUCAUUUCCAUACCCUUCCUCUUCCCCAAAAUGUCACUGGGGUGAGUUACCAGAUUCCUUCUUGGGCUUUGCCUCUAAGAAUUAAGCUGUGAUUCCCAACUGUACUAUUUGUCCUGUGUUGUUACAGGACCUCUCCCAAUUUAAAUGAAAUUGGGUUCCUUUGCACUGUAGAUCUAAUGCAGUUUGACAUUACUAUAACUGCCAAGGCUCAAUGUUACAGAAUCCUGGGAGUUGUAAUUUUAAAGGUCUUGAGUUUCUGCCAGAGUUCUGGUGCAUCGCUAAACUACAAAUUAUCCAGAAUGGCAGCUGAUGCCCAGGUUGCCUGAGGGAUUCUGGGAGCUGUAGUCCAAAUACUGUAAAUAUUGAUACAUUUAUUUAUAACCUGCUUACCCCUCCCCCACACUGGAACCCAAAGCAGAUCACACUUAAAAAGCAAUACAAUUAAAUCAGUGCAAUAGGUAACUAUUAAAUAGAAUUAAACCUAUACAGUUAUUUAAAGAAAUCAAUUAAAAUACCAUUUAAAUCACCUUUUAGAACAAGUCACCAAACCAAUGCAGGACGUUCUACUUUUGUAUUAUUGAUGAUACCUAGGCUCUCUGUAGGCGGAUGAGACGAAAGGCAAAACGAGUUAGCAAUUCAGGUGUGGUAAAUUGACUCCUUAGUUGGCCAAAUAUCAUAUUUCCUUGGCUCAGAAUCCCUAUGGAAUUUGUAGAGUUGCCAUAAGUUGACAGGAGACUUGAAAGAGGCAAGAUAUACACAUGGAUUCUAUCAUGAUAAGAAUCUAUCAUCUAAAUAACCUCAGUGCAUCAGAUUCUGACUGAUCUUGGAAGCAAAGGGUUCAGAACCCAAAUCUUAUUGUGGAACUACAGGAUAGAAGAUGGCAAAUUGCGAGAGAUUUUGGAAACACUUGUAAAUGGACUAUAGUUCCCAGAAUCCCCCCAGUUAACUAACUGGGGGGAAUUAUUUGAGUUAUAUUCCAAAAAGAGUAACUAUUUCAUGAUCUGUGUAAGAGGAUUGGGGAAUAUAGCAGCACCUGAACUCUCAAGGUGCCUCUUUGGUCUAGGCCAGUGGUUCUCAACCUGUGGGCCCCCAGGUGUUUUAGCCUUCAACUCCCAGAAAUCCUAACAGCUGGUAAACUGGCUGGGAUUUCUGGAAGUUGAAGGCCAAAACACCUGGGAACCCACAAGUUGAGAACCAUUGAUCUAGGAUUUCAAUGCUAAGAGAUCACCACAACUGGUGAGAUUGCAAGGGACUUCGUUUACAGGCAAUGUUUCAGUAGCAAAGGGGUGGGGGGUUGAUCUGUAUAGUAAUCUGACUUGGCUGUGAAGCACACAUUGCCCUCCUCCUGGUUUUGGUGAGAUGAAAUGAACCUGAGCAGAAAAAUUAGAAUCUCAUGUUAAGUAGAGAAAAAGACUGGCCAUGUUUGUAUCUUGGGUGAGAAGCAAAAUGGAAUGAUAUGGAGUUAGAUGGAAGUAUCGGUAUAUUUUAAAAGGAAAUACACAUUUGCAGAUGUUUAUCGGUGCAUAUAUUUGCAAAUGUAGGCUUAAUUUAAUUUGGGCCAACAUGGCGUAGUGGUUUGAGCGUUAAACUAUGAGUCUCCAAGAUUCAAAUCCCUGCUUUGAUACUGGGUGACCUUGGGCAAGUCACACUCUCAAUCUCAAAGAAGGGCACAGGCAAACUCCCUCUGAACAGAUCUUGCUAUACAUUGGAAACAACUUUAAGACAUACAACGGCUACAACAAUGAAAACGAAUCGUCUCACCAAAGCAGUGGCGGAUUUAACCAGAGGAUCUGCCUGCCUUUUUGGUUGGUUGUGCAGGUGCUAAGAGUUGAUGAGUUUCCUCAAGACCCUUUGGCUCCCUUCUCAUUGCCCUUUUUCCUUCAAGCCAGACUUGAAACAGGAGGCAGCUCUUCAACAAAUCUUCCCUGAAAGCCCUUCAAACAAGCAGACUGUCCUCUGUAAAAUUCAAGGCUCUUACCAUCUCCCCUUUUUUGCCCGUUGUCUGGGCCAAAGUGACAUUUCCUGUAAAUACCUCCCUUCACUCUUCCCAAUCCAACAUCCAGAACAUCCAUCAAUAAGAUAAAUAAAAUAAAAAUUAUCAUGA